AUGCCUUCGAGAUCGAUAUUCACCUUCUAUCAAAAUGCCCCCUCGCGUAUCACCAAGGUGAACAACAUCGGGAAAUAUGAGAUCAAAUUUGAGGAUCAGAUAAGGAGUUGCGAGGAUGUUCUACUCAUCGAGGAGUAUCAUCUUGCAAUUCUUGCCUGUGAUCCAGGACGAGAGCGGCACAACACCGUCAUGGGAGUCUUUGCAGGAAAUGUCACCAAAAAUGCCGAGCUUUGGGCAUAUGACUACACAAUCACCGACGGUCCUGAAACUGAAUCCCUCAAGCGCAUCAAACUGGCUGGAUUCCCCCAUGCAUCUGACUUUCACACCCUGGGCAUGGCAUUUGAUCUUGAGACGUCGAAUCUCUUCGUCGUGAGCCAUGCCGUCGCAGGAUCACGUAUUGAGCUCUUCAAUCUCGACAUUGGAUCAUUGACUGCUAGUUACAUCCAGACCAUUCAGCAUCCUCUAAUUAAUGCGCCAAAUUCAAUCGCCUCUAUCAACGGACAUGAGUUCUACGUGACCAACGAUCACUACAUCACCAAGAAGCAGUCAUUCCUGCUCAGCAACCUGGAGACAUACUUGAGCCCACCUACAGGUACAGUAUUACUUGUAAAUCUCAAUGAUUUAGACAUCGAUGUUAGAGUUGUCGCGUGGGUUCCUUUCGCCAACGGUAUCGAGAUCCUCAACAGUUCAACCGUUGCGGUGGCGUCAUCCUCACGAGCAGCCGUUUAUAUGUUUAACACUUUAGACGCCACAAAGCUCAAAGAGACCUCCAGGAUAAGACUUCCUUUCAUACCAGACAACCUCUCCGGAUCUGGUGGAAAGCUCUUGAUUGCAGGGCACGGCCACCUGCCUGCCCUGGCAAAGUUCACGCAGUCACGUCGUUUCUGCAACGACCCCUUUGAAUACGAACGCGCGGACCCUACUGUAAAGGAGUCCUGUCGUAAUCUGCAGGCUGUUUCUUGGGUGUCUGAAUGGAGUGAGAGUGAAGGGCUGAAGCACUUGUAUGUUGACACUGAAUAUCCGUCCAGCUCGACUGCUGUCAAGGACGCUGGAAAGGGGGUUGGAAUUAUCAGCGGCCUCUACGCCAAGGGUAUUCUGAUUUGGAGAGAUGACAAAUAA